CCCAAUGCAAAGGGCAAAAGCACAGUCAACCAAGCAAAAGACCUGCCGGUGCCACUGUUUCCUCCAUCUCGCCUGCGUCAACGACUCCUCCGGAUUUCCUGGUCGAUCUACACUCGACUAUCUCUCGAUCAUCUUGACCUUUUACACAGGAUUCACCUCGACUUUCGCUUCCCUCCACUCCCUUCCAAUUCCACCGUCCUUAUUAUUACUCCUAUCAACAAUUUCUACAGCAACCGCUCGUUUGUUUACUUUUCACCUGCGCAUACUCCCGGCCGAGGCACACGCUAUCUCCACCUACCACAUCGAUAAACAAAAAUAGCCUCGCACAGCCAUGCCUCUCUGCGGCGGCAACAAAGUCGUCCAGCGCAAGUUGGUCCUUCUCGGAGACGGCGCCUGCGGAAAAACAAGUUUACUCAAUGUCUUUACAAGAGGAUUCUUUCCUACGGUCUACGAACCCACGGUUUUCGAGAAUUAUGUCCACGAUAUCUUCGUCGAUGGGAUACACAUGGAACUAUCCUUAUGGGACACCGCGGGACAGGAAGAGUUCGAUAGACUGCGGUCAUUGUCCUACGACGACACACAGGCGAUAAUGUUGUGCUUCAGCGUCGAUAAUCGAGGAUCCCUAGAGAACGUCGGUACGAAAUGGAUCGCCGAGAUCAACGAGCAUUGCCCAGGCGUCAAGAUAGUGUUGUGCGCGUUGAAGUGCGAUCUGCGAGAAGAACACGAGAAAGAGGACGAUGAACCGCGUGCUCCGCCACGGCCGAUGAUUCAGUACAAUGAAGGAUUAGAAGUAGCCAGGCAAAUUGGCGCCUUACGAUAUCUCGAGUGCUCAGCAAUGCGAAAUCGCGGAGUCAAUGAAGCUUUUACAGAAGCUGCGAGAGUCGCUCUCCAGGUUAAGCCGGCCAAGUCGAAAGACGACUCGAAAUGUACCGUCAUGUGAGGAAAUGCCACUGCCGGUUCUCAUCUCUCGCCUGUCGCUAAAUCCAGGCCCUUCUCCUCCACCCGCCGACUCCUCUGAUGUACAUACCCUGUCCUCGCCUUGCCUGAUUUCAUUCCCAUUUCUGUCCGAGCAGGUUCUGAUUUUAGCAUUGUUUUGAGUUAUAGCCUCGUUUUGGAAAAGCAAGAGGUAUUGAUGAAAGGCGUUUUUUGAGGCUCGGAUUUAGAGCGUGAGUACAUGGCCAGAAUAGGCUAAUGAUGGGAAAUAAGCUGCAAAUAUCACGCCUUGGUAGAUCUGUGGCGCGCAAUCUGACUCCAUUUUGGCGUCCGUCGCUCGGUAUUGGUGCUUCCCUAGAAUUCUGACGAAAGUGGCAAUCCGCAAUAGUUCGAAAUAUUCAGUCCUGAAGGUAGGCCGAAGACCUGAUGGC